AUGUCCAUCCGCGAGUACUGCACCAAGCUCAAACGCCUCGCUGACAAUCUGCGCGACAUCGACCACCCCGUCUCUGAGCCUAGCCAAGUUCUCAAUCUUCUUCGUGGUCUCCAUCCCAAAUACCGCCACGUAAAGCCGGUAAUCAAGUCCAAAUCCCCUCCCCAUACAUUCGCCAGCGCCUACUCGUACCUUCUCCUUGAAGAGGUCAGCGACGACCACGACUCCAAGAUGGAGGCCGGACUCGCGCUCGUCGCCGGCCACUCUAUUUCGUCUACCGGCGGCUCUUCCUCGACCGCCACUGGGUCCUCCACCGCUGCCUCAGGCUCUAGAUCUGAUGGACAACGUCCCAAGUCCAAGAACCUUCUACAGACACCUGUGCAUCGAUACCAUGAACAAUACAUAACUCUAUCUGAUUUUUUUAUUGUGGAUUUACAACAUUUUUGA